GAAGGCGGCAAGUUAACUCGUUUCUCUUCGCGGCGAUUAUUAAAUAAAAAAACUUUGCAACACUUCAACUGAUUAGUUGUCAGAAACAGAAAUUAUAAAGUCGUAACUUACAAAGUUCUAAAUGUUCUAAAAUGAUUGUUAAUUCGUCGUAACCGUGCAGUUAGCUGUGCACAAUUUAAGGAUAAAUUUGAAAUAAAGUGGAAAACUUUUGAAUCAAUCAUUACAUUUGAGUGCUUUUGAAAACAGUCGACGAGAUGACAUCUUCAAUGCAACCGGGCAAAUACACGGGCCUGGUGGCCGAUCUGAUGCCCAACAUACGGGCGAUGAGGUACUCGGGAUUAUUCAUGCACAGCUUCACCGGUGGCAGUCUCUUCAUGAAGAGAGUUUACUCAUCGGUGCACAUGUUUGUGAUAGUCCUGCACAUUUCAAUGAUUCUAGUCAAUCUGGCGAUGAAUGCGGAGGAGGUCAAUGAAUUGUCUGGCAAUACAAUUACCACAUUGUUCUUUACUCACUGCAUUGUGAAGUUCGUUUACCUCGCCAUCAAUCAGAAGAACUUUUACAGGACCUUGAAUAUCUGGAAUCAGGCAAACUCGCAUCCAUUGUUCGCUGAAUCGGAUGCCCGUUACCAUGGCAUAGCUUUGGCCAAGAUGCGCAAACUCUUCUUUCUGGUCAUGCUGACGACCUUCGCCUCGGCCACCGCCUGGACAACGAUUACGUUCUUUGGCGAGAGCGUGAAGUUUGCCAUCGACCACAAUACGAAUGACACCAUCAAGGUUGACAUACCACGCCUACCGAUCAAGAUGUUUUACCCAUGGAAUGCCGGCCAUGGCAUGUUCUACAUGAUCAGCUUUGUGCUACAGGUCUACUACGUGCUCUUCUCGAUGGUGCACUCGAAUUUGUGCGAUGUGAUGUUCUGCUCCUGGUUGAUAUUUGCCUGCGAACAACUGCAGCAUUUGAAAGGCAUCAUGAAACCGCUAAUGGAACUCUCAGCAUCUCUGGAUACUUACAGACCAAAUUCAGCGGCACUUUUCCGCUCGCUGUCGGCCAACUCCAAGUCGGAGCUGAUACACAACGAGGAAAAGGAUCCCACCGCCGACAUGGACAUGACAGGGAUAUACAGCACCAAAGCCGAUUGGGGCGCACAGUUUCGAGCGCCAUCCACGCUGCAGUCCUUCAACGGGGGCACGAACGGCGGUCCCGCCGCUAAUCCCAACGGACUCACCAAAAAACAGGAAAUGAUGGUUCGCAGCGCCAUCAAGUAUUGGGUGGAGCGCCACAAGCAUGUCGUCCGGUUGGUCGCCGCCAUUGGGGAUACUUACGGAGCUGCUCUGCUACUGCACAUGCUUAUCUCGACCAUUAUGCUGACCCUGCUGGCCUAUCAGGCAACCAAAAUCAAUGGAGUUAAUGUGUAUGCCUUCACGGUGAUUGGAUAUCUCGGCUAUGCGCUGGCCCAGGUGUUUCACUUUUGCAUUUUCGGCAAUCGUCUGAUUGAGGAGAGCUCAUCUGUCAUGGAGGCUGCCUACUCAUGCCAUUGGUACGAUGGCUCUGAGGAGGCCAAAACUUUCGUGCAAAUCGUUUGCCAGCAGUGCCAAAAGGCCAUGAGUAUAUCAGGUGCAAAAUUCUUUACUGUCUCGCUGGAUUUAUUUGCUUCGGUGCUCGGCGCUGUUGUCACCUAUUUCAUGGUGCUGGUGCAGCUCAAGUGAAAACUCAGCAUGACAAUGUGGAGGACAACUGCAAUAAAAUUAAAUUUUUAUAAAAUGAAUUCUAUGUUGUGCUUAUCAACAAAUUGUGUCAAACUUUGUGCUUUAUAUUAGCAUCACAGCACAACCAAAUCAGCAAGCAACAAUAAUAAGAUACGAACACAUAAUCUUAAUAAUCCAAUUAGU